AACCUGGCCCAUCUGAACCUGUCAGACCUGUUCCAGCUUCAUCUCAGCCUGUUCGUGAAGUCUACAGAACAUAUGUUGCACCUGCCAAAAGUCCUGCUGUACCUAGACCUGUUCCAGCUGCAUGUCGACCUAAUCCACUAAAUAAUCCACUGAUUAGUCGGAUACUCCGGUACGGGCGGUAUCCGACUAAUCAGAGUAAUAUUGGGGUCAAGCAGCCGGGUAGACCUUUCAGUGCUUUCCCAUCAAGUAGCUUGAGUCUUGGACCCAACAUGAACUGCUGUGAUGAUACUUCUGAAAAUGAUUCUCUCCGAAUCCUUAUAUCAAACAUACCUAACAUACCUAAGUUAAUGAGAAAACAAGAUUUAAUGUGGCAUUUCAAAGAUUUUGGUAAAAUUGACAAUCUUGAUUGGAAUGUUGAGGAAGGGACUGCUGUAUUAACAUACCAAGAUUCAAACUCUGUGUCCAAUUUGAUUGCCGCAUCCCCAGGAAUUUCUCUGUAUGGUCAUGGUAUACAAUAUGAAGUUUAUUCAGAUAGUGAAUCUGAAUAUGAUUCAACUGAAGUUUAUGUUGGGAAUCUGCCUGCCUCAGUAUCAAAGAGAAAACUACUUCAGCUGUUCAAAUUUGCUGGUAGGAUAUCGAAUGUAAACAUUGACAAAGAGAAUUCAACAGCAAUUCUAAGCUUUGAAGAUGUAGAAUCUUCCAUCAGAUUGCUUGAAUGUGGAAGAAGAUUUAUGUUAGAUGGUAAUGAAUUGGAAGUUGAGGAAUGCGCUAGUAGUAGCAGUGAGGAUGAAGAGGAAACUUCCACUCUUUUUGUUGGGAAUGUUCCAAAAGAAACCACCAACGAUGAACUAAAACGCUUAUUUGCUGGCUUCGGGAAGAUUAAUGAAUUUACUAUCAAAAACGGUAGAAACAAACGGAAGACCUACAAUUAUGCAUUGGUUGAAUAUGAAACUGUUGGCUCAGCUCUUGCCGUUAUUAAGGCCAGUCAAGUCAAAAAUUUCGAAAUCAGAGGAACUGCCUUGAAAAUAGAAUUGAAAAAGAACAACUAGACCUCCCACUUUUCUCUGAAACCUGUCAGAGUUCGAUCUUUAUACCGUUUCGGGAUUCAGUAAUUUUCACUGCUUGUACCUCUACAUAAUUUGAAUGUGUUAAAUGUAUCCUUUGUUAAUUUAUCGAAUAAAAGUACUCUGCAUCAAAAUUUUUCUUCGGGGGUUAAAUUUCUACAUUCAAAUUUAUAUCUUUACAAUUUAUAUCUUAGUGCACGGAAGCCUUGACUACAACAACUUACUCAUGAUGAUACCAAGUACCAACCCUUAAACGCUAUACAAAAUAUAACAGAAUGUCAAAUAAUGCGAGGUAUUUUUACAUCCUCCAGCUCCUUGAAAGUUAGAUUUUUUAUAUAAUAUGCCAAAAGUAGUUCAAGUAAAUCAACUGGUAAAAUCUUUUUAAUUCGGUAAUUAUAUAAUUAUGUAAUUAUGGCCAAAUUGCUGGUUAUUUUAUUAAUUCUAGCAAUUUAAUUUAUAAAUGAAUUGCAUUUAAUAAUAUUUAAAUAUUUGUUGAUUAAUCAAGGUUCGAAGACCUUAGAUUUUUAGCUUUAGAUAGGGAGGAGUGGAAGAAGUUAGAACAUGGUUGAUGUUUUUGUUUUCUUUUUUAUGCGUUUUGAUAUCUAUAAGGUGCCUAGGAUGCUCUUUUAAAGAGAUAUUUCGUACUUUGAAAGAUUUACUACUACUAAUCAAAUAAAUCUGCUGAGCCUCUUUCUAUUUUGUACUCAUUUAUUAUAAUGGGUACAAUUAGGUAAAAAUGAAUGUGACUCAAUUCGUUAUGAUGCAAUGCUAAAUUUUGUUUCAAGAUUUUUUAUAGCCAGUUCACAAAAUAUGCCAAGUUAUUUAGUAUACUUGUGCUAUCAUGAUAAUUAAUAAUUUCACUCUUCUAAA